AGUAUUCCAAACAGUACAUGUUUCCAAAAAUAAUAGUAUAAAAUGUUCAUUAAUACGGCUGUUGAUAAUAAAGAUACGCGAGUCCAUUGAUUUUUCAAAACUGAUCAGAAGUCAGCGUGCGUGCUCUGAUUGGCUGCAGACCGUCUGGAGAAACUUCCCACUUAAACCGAUUCGAGGUCAGUUUGGUCGCGGAAGACAAAACGGUUAGCGGUUUAUAUUUGUUGUCACGAGAUGUGCUUCCUCUAAAAGUAAACAGAAAUCGAGGUUUUAGCCAGUGGCAGCGGAGAGGAGCAAAUGCUGCCUGGGGCCAACUCACCAACGUUUGUCGUGUUGACACAAACCCAGAUUUAAAAGAAAAAAAAAACACCCCAACGAAAGGAGAGUAAAAAAGGGAAGACAAGAUGGAGAUGCUGUGUUUCCGUUUACCGGGCCAUGGGGACACGACCCUGAAGCACAUGAAUUCACUGAGGUCCCGCCAGCACUUCUGUGAUGUCACCAUUGUGGCCAGCAACAACCAGACAUUCAGGGGACACAAGGUGGUGCUGGCUGCCUGCUCGCCCUUCCUGAGGGACCAAUUCCUCCUCAACCCGUCCCCAAAGCUUCACGUGUCGAUGCUGUACAGCUCCACGGUGGUGUGUGACCUGCUCCAGUCCUGCUACACUGGUGUGCUGCAAUUCAAGCCAGAGGAGAUUGUCAACUACCUGACCGCUGCCAGUUACCUUCAGAUGGAGCAUAUCGUAGAGCGCUGCAGAGGAGCUCUAAAGAAAUAUGUGCAGCUAAAGAACCCCACUCCACCGAAGAUAACUACAGAGGAGAGUCAGCCUCAACCGCUGAUUGUCGGUGGCAGCAUUCACUCUGUUGCAUCCGCAUCGCCUCCCAACAGCCGACCUUCCCCUAUGCACCCACACAGUCCUGUGGUACGCUCAGUGGAGGAGACCAACGACAAUAUGUCCGCCCAGGGCAGCAGCCAACACCACGGUGACAGUCCUUUGCUAGAUGAGCCGUGUAUUAAGGUUCAUGGAUCAGACGAGGAGGAAGAGGUCAGACCAGAGGACUAUGACGUGUUCAGAGUGUACAUCUCCGGAGAAGAGCAGAUGAACAGAAACAGGGAGGAGGAGACGGGAGCUCCCUCUGAAGGCCCUCAAGAUUCUUCCUACCCAAAAACAGAAGGUGUCGUGAUCGGAGGAGAGGGCGGUGAAUAUGACUUGAACCCAACAGAAGGAGAUCUUGGUACUGGCAGCCUCUCGAGGGAGGAGCUUUUAGCGGAGGGACUGCGCACUUUCAGACGCAGGCAGCCUGACAAUAAAAUUUUCUGGGGCAGUGUAAGAGGCAGGGCGAGGGGAUUGAGGAGGAGAAGGUGGGUGUCGUCUCAGGAGAAAAGACCUCCAGGCGCGGCUCAUCAACAGGAUUUGUGGUAUCUUGCGACUACAGGAAUGGGAGGGGGCUUCGGGCUGGACUACAGCCAAGAAGGGCUUAAGACAGGAAGUUACAUGUCAGUCGAAUUCCCACGGCUGGACGUAAGCAUGGACGACGCUCAGGGAGAAAAGGUCUCACCACUGACUGCCAACGGUUUGAGCCAGUUUGCCCUGGAGGAGUCUAGUUGCGGCGCUGGUGAAGGGAGCUCUGCGUUGACUGUUGGAACGAACGAGGGAGGGGACGAGUCUGUCGCGGUGGUGGGGUCCACUUCAAGCGUAGCCGGGCCCGUCAUCUGCGAGGACUGCGGCAUGACGUUCCCCUCGGCCCACUCCCUAGCCAUCCACUCCCGCUCCACUCACCUACUGUACGCUUGCCCCUACUGCGGCAAGCACUUCCACCACUCCGCCAACCUCAACCGACACAUGGCCGUGCACCGAGGUGGCGGCAAAACCCACCAGUGCCCCCUUUGCUACAAGACUUUCACCCAGAAAUCCACACUGAUAGACCACAUGAACCUCCACAGCGGCGAGCGCCCUCACCGCUGCGCGUACUGCCACGCCCGCUUUGCCCACAAGCCCGCCUUACGACGCCACUUGAAGGAGCAGCACGGAAAAACCACGGGGCAGAAUUCCCUACACGAGCAGGAGGAGAGGGAGAGGGCAGCGGGAAGAAUACGAGAGGAAGAGCAAGAAUGUCCAGUUACUGAACAAGUGUCUUAAGCCAAAGCAUUAAAGACAAUAAGAUGUCUUAACAUCUGGAGACCCGGCUCUACGGCUCACUGCAUGAGCACGGGUUGGUGCAAGAAAUGACUAAGAGGCCUUUUUAAAAUCUCAGACUGUGAAAAUAACAGCCCUUUCACGUGAAAUGUUUUUUUUCAAAUUUGCAUUAAAAGAUGCAUACUGAGUGACAUAUGUGAGUAAAAGUGACCGAGACUGCACAACUUCUUACACUGAGACGAUAGGCGUUUUUCCACAGCUCACAUAUUUUGACUUGUCAUAGUCGGAAAAGUACAGGUGUUAAAAUAAUGUGAACAAUAGCUUUGUUCUAUUCUCAGAAAGUCGUGACAGUGAGCCAAACACGCUCAAUGCCAGGAUCCUGAAACCAGAGCAGCUAAAUGGAAUUCAGCCGUCAUUCAUUUUCUAUUUACACCUUUGUUUUUCCUAGUGUGACAUGUCAAAAUGUCUUCCGUGGAAAAAAAAGCCUUUUGACUUUUAUGUUUCUUAGAAUAGUUUUUACUCUGAACUGUAAUCUUAAACUUAAAAACAUACGUUGUACUUGUUGUGUACGACAACAGGUCAGCGUUCAAUGAAAAGAUGGAAAAACAGUUGUAAAUGAGUGUAAAUAUAAUAAUUACAAAGUGUCUUCUCUGUAACAUUAAUGUAAACAUGAAUCAAAUGUAUCAUUUCCUGACAUGGUUGAAUGCAAUUUAUAACUCCUACACACCUGCCGUCCACCCACACAAGUGUUUUCACUUACAGUAUAUCACCUGUUACGACCUCUUCACAGAUCUGUGUGGGUGUGUACACAGACUGCUUGAUUGACAGCUGCCUCACUCUCCUGUUGGUUGUGUUUGAACCCGUCAGGACAAGAAAAAAAAUACACUGCCAACAUUGUUAUGAGCACAUAGAUAUCAGAUCAUAGUUUCUUGAUAUCACAUUAUUCCCAGCAAAUUGCAACACAAAGAGGUUUUUAUCAGCCAGAAUAAUGAACAAUAACUGUGUGGGUGUACGUGGCCUUAAAUACACCACAGAACAAGAUUUUGUUAAAAGUUGAUAAAACAUGAGGAUAUGACUUGUUCCUCUGUUGCAAAGCAUUGUGCAGAAAAUAAAAUUUGAAAGUGA